CUGGCAGUUGGCGUACGGGUCCGGAAUCUGCACAGCUUCCAACUGAAGAUGGCUCUCUACUUCGACUCCUGGAUGACAGAACUGUUCGUCGUUCUGUCGGUGGCCUAUUUCACUCUCUACUUGUGGUUCGACCGUGCUUACAAAUACUGGAAAAACAAGGGAGUGCCCUAUGUGGAGCCAAGCUUCCCGUUCGGAAACGUGCAGAAGUGCUUGCUGGGCCAGCAGACUCUUCCAGACUGGGCUUACGACUUGUACAAACAGUUACCAGGAGGACGCUUUAUUGGGUUCUAUUCCUUCCGCCGGCCACACCUUCUGGUACGCGAUCCAGACCUGAUACGCCACAUACUCGUGAAGGAUAGUUCAACCUUCGUAGACAGAGGAUUCUUCAUCGACGAUGAAGAGCCUCUCAACUACAACCUGUUUCUCCUGGGAGGGCACAAGUGGAGGCAACUGAGAGUCAAGCUGACGCCUACGUUCACGUCCGGCAAGUUGAAGGGCAUGUUCAAGACGCUGCAGGUCUGCGGCCAGCAGAUGAUGGAGGCGCUGCAGGCGCCGGCGGCGCGCGGUGAGGUGGUGGAGAUCCGCGAGCUGGCGGCGCGCUUCACCACCGACAUCAUCGCCUCCGUCGCCUUCGGCAUCGAGGUCGACAGCCAGCGCCAGCCCGACAACGAGUUCCGCCAGUGGGGCCGCAAAGUGUUCGAGCCCUCCGUGCCCGGCUACUUGGCCGUCGUCAUGAGCUUCCUCAACCCGGAUAUAAUGAACCUGCUAAGGUUCAAAGGUGGAGCGACAGCUAUUAGUCAGUAUUUCAGACGGAUGGUUCGGGAGACGGUAAAUUAUAGAGAGGAGAAAAACGUAAGCAGAAAAGAUUUUUUGGAACUUCUCAUUCAGCUGAAAAACAAAGGAUACGUUGACGUUGACAAGGGGGAUGCUGGUGAACUGAAUGGCACCACAGACGUCAGCAAACUGACAAUUGACGAAGUGGCGGCACAGGCGUUCAUCUUCUUCGCAGCUGGCUUCGAAACUUCUUCGUCGACAAUAAGUUUCACUCUCUUUGAGUUGGCUCACAAUAUCAGCCUGCAGAGCAAACUGCAAGAAGAAAUAGACUCAGUGCUCAAAGAGGAAGGAGACAUCACUUACGAAUCGAUUGCUAAGAUGACAUACCUCGAUAAAGUUGUGUCAGAAACACUGAGAAAGUACCCCCCGCUGGCCUUCUUGAACCGGGAAUGCAAUAAGGACUACCAGGUGCCGGGCAGCGAUCUCGUCCUGGAGAAGGGCUCGACCGUGCUGGUGUCGACGCUGGGACUGCACCGGGACCCCGAAUACUUCCCGGACCCCGAGCGCUUCGACCCCGAGAGGUUCACCGAGGAGGCGAAAGCCCGCAGGCACCCCUAUGUCUACCUGCCGUUCGGAGAGGGGCCGCGCAUCUGCAUAGGUAUGAGGCUGGGGCUGCUGCAGACCAAAGUCGGACUGGUGUACAUCCUGUCAAAGUACAGCUUGCGGACUGUAGAGCACACACCAUCGAAGUUGGAUUUCCACACAAGGUCUUUCCUACUCCUAUCGAAAAGCGGUAUUCACCUCCGCCUCAAAAAGAGGGAAUAAAACAAAAUUCCUGACAAAUAAAACUUUUAAAAUUCUAGAA